AUGGCUGAGUCAACUCAUAAAACCAAGCGCAUUAUAUCCGUGGUUGCGGGCACACUAGUAGCCCUGGCCUGUGGGACCAAUUAUGCGUACUCAGCAUGGGCGCCACAAUUUGCGGAACGAAUGAAGAUCUCGGCAACCCAGAGCAACUUUAUUGUAAGCUGUCUUGUUUCCCUCGGAAAAGCCGAUGUAUAUCGUACUGAUGUCUCACAGGGCGUGGCUGGAAAUUUGGGAAUGUACGCAUCGGGGGUUCCGUUGGGAUUGUUAACUGAUGCUCGAGGUCCACGACUCACAACUUUUAUUGGUGCUGUGGCCCUCGGUGUAGGCUACUAUCCUAUAUAUAUAGGUUUGUCUGUCUGGUUGUUACCGGCGCUUGAUGAUCCUAUGAGCACGGAAAGGGCUCGCUCAGUGUUGGCGUGUUAUCCUUUUUCUCAUUCCUUACUGGCCUCGGAAGUUGCUCCGCCUUCUCGGCUUCAAUCAAGACAGGUGUAUCCGUCAAACUUAGCCGCGACGAACUUCCCCGAUCAUCGGGGGACAGCGACAGCCUUCCCCCUGGCUGCUUUUGGACUGAGCGCUUUUUUCUGGUCUAACGUCUCAUCUUUCAUAUUCAAGGAUGAUACUGGUCGGUUCCUUCUUUUGCUGGCACUGGGGACUUUUUUCUUCAACUUCGUCUCCAUUCCCCUCCUUCGGCUUAUGCCCCCGGCUAAAGCGUACACGGCAUUAUCACGGGAUCGAUCGCCAGGAGUAGAGUCCACUCGACUGCAUAGGACGAAGUCCUCUGAUUUGCGUUAUGUGCCAGAAGAGUCUGAUGAAGCAGGUAUGCAGAGUUCUACAGCUUUUGAAUCCCACUCCCCGAUGCAUGUAAGAUCGCAAUCUGGCGCGUCGAUCAACUCCCACUCUGCCAAUCACAAUCCCGACUUGGAUGAAACGUCAUCGUUGGUAUCCAAAAGCACCCCAAGGCAAUCUCGGGAGGAUGACCAUGAGGAGGAAGAUGAUGCUCUCCUUGAUGUUGGCGUCGGCUCACCUCACCCAGACAUUAGAGGCUUGGCGAUGCUGCCCAAAGUAGAGUUCUGGCAGCUUUUCUUGACGAUGGCUCUACUUUCUGGAAUCGGUUUGAUGACGAUCAAGUAUACUAACCCCCACAGGCCAAAGCAUUGUGGAAAUACUACGACGAUAGUGCUAGCUCCAGAUUCAUCCAAAAGAGACAAGUCAUGCAUGUGUCCGUCCUAUCAUUUGGCAAUUUCAUCGGCCGACUCUCCAGUGUUGAUCGUCGUAUCAGGAUUCACGGGCGUCGCAUACGGAUUCCUCUUCGGUGUUUUCCCGUCCCUGGUAGCUCACACAUUCGGUAUCGGAGGCCUCUCCCAAAACUGGGGCGUGAUGACCCUCGCCCCCGUUCUGAGCGGAAACGUCUUUAACCUGCUGUACGGCAGCAUCUACGACCGACACUCUGUUGUCGGUCCAGAUGGAGACCGGGACUGCCCCGACGGCUUGGGCUGCUACCGGACGGCAUACUAUACUACAUUCUUUUCAGGAGUCGCUGGCGUCAUCGUAUGCUUGUGGAGUAUCCUGCGUGAGAGGCGGGUCCACGGCGCGAUUCGCAAGAAGAUCGAACACGACCGUCUUGCUUGA